AAUAUUAAACACACAGCAGCCAAAAGCAGACGGACGUCWAUAUAUUUAUUUUUUCAAUAACGUUCCAUAUAACGACUGAGAUUUGUAUGCGUCAACCUUCGUUUAUUUGAUCGCUAMCGUAAAAUGUAUGCCAUUUUAUUGAUCUUUGCAGCACUGAUUCUACAGUUACUUCYGCCUGUAGUAACCGUUUCAAGUCCUGCAUCAAUGACAAGAGAAGAAGGAGAAGAUGCGGUGUUCAUGUUUAAUACCAGUACCAGCAUCCUAGAAGUGGCAUGGGGCAUACGUGAUGGUGAAACUGAUAACCAUAAAAUAGUGUUGAUAACAGUUGACAAACGCUUUGGUGCAUACCUAACUUCUAAUGCUGGUUACAGAGGAAGAGUCAGUUUUGUUGGUAAUUUGACAAAGGGUCAGGCGUGGUUCAAGAUCGCAAACCUAAACAUCAAUGACACCAAUCAUUACAUGGCAAAGAUCCGGGUUUAUGGCACUUCGUUCUACAAAAUCAUCCAUGCACAAUUAACAGUCACUAAACCACCAGUGACCAUAUCUAGUCCUGGUUCACUAACGAGAGAGGUGGGACAAGAUGUGGUGUUCAUGUUUAAUAGCACAGCAAUGUCAGAAGCCACCUGGGGAGUACGACUUGGUGAUACAAAUGACCUGAAUCCAAGACUUUGCCGCGUAUUUAACCCUGGUGGUGCAUUUCCAGACACCAAGAUCAAUUCAACCAGUUAUUCAGGAAGAGUCAGUUUUGUAGGUAAACUGUCAAAGGGUCAGGCUUGGUUCAAGAUCACAAACCUGAACAUCAAUGACACCAAUCAGUACAUGGCACUGAUCAACCUGCAGGGAGAAACGGGUUACAGAUACAUUCCUACAAAGCUGAAUGUUAUACAACCAGUAACUACAGAGCCUCUAAAGACAUCAACCAUAAAACUCACCACCGGAGUUUCAAGUUCACAAACCUCUCCUCGGCCGACAACAUCACAAGUGCCUCGUGAGUAGCCCACUUUUUUCUCUC